AUGAACCCUCAGGGAUUCUCGUUCCCUCCACCGCCACCACCACCUCCUACACAACAACAUCAGCCGCCGCAGCAAUACCAUCAUAACGCCGGUUACACCCAGUACGGAUCAACCCAUCAUGGCCAACGUGGUGGCCGCGGAGGUGGCGGCGGACACUUUCGAGGCCGUGGAAGAGGACACGGGAAUCGGGGAGGAGGAGGAGGAGGAGGCAGAGGAGGUUAUCAUAUGCCCUCUGAUGCCAAUCGUCCCAGUGCAUAUACCCCGGCAGCUGCUGGAUACGGGCCCAUGAACUAUCUAGGGUAUCCAACGCAGUUUAUGUCGAACCAGCAUGCGAGUGUCCAGGCACCGCAUUAUACUCAGCCGCAGACUUAUCAAACCCAUUUGAAUGGGAAUGCUUUCGCCUCGCCGACGCAAUAUUCUCAAGCUACGGGCCAAGGAACGCCGUAUCAACGACAACAACCAGGAUACGAUGCCUCUUACUCUGCGCCCAGUACCCAGCAGCCGCCAUACGGCAAUGCACCGUCCUCUGGCCAGCCAACGAUGAUGGGACCGCCCAUUCACUGGGGAUUCGAUAAUGCAGGACACGCCGGAUCGUUCCAUCCGUCUCAUCGGCCGAGUCAGCGUGGGCCUCGCCAAGCCAAUGCGCACAUUAACCAGCCAUCUCAGGGAAAGCAUACCCACAAGCGCGACCACUCGUCAGCCUUUGGAAAGCCUCAAUCAACUGCUCCACGUGUUCCAGCGCCACCUCCAGUUCCGAGCUUUGGCAAUCCGCUACCUUCCAAGCCACCACUACCGGCAGAUUCCCCGCGCAAGCCGAAGAAGAAGAAGAGGAAGCACAAUCAGCUGGGACUUACCCCCAAGACGGAGGACCACGAGUCAAGCGAGGAGGAAGACGACGCCGACGAGGAAACGAGGCUGGCUGCGAGCGGUGCGGGAGCUAGCGCCGGCUUGCAAGUCACAUACAGAGGGAAAACGUCUAACCUGCAGACCUCUGCUGAAAUCGCAGCCUGGAUUGCAGAACGAAGAAAGCGGUUCCCCACCCAAGCUAAGAUUGAAGAAAAGAAAAAGGCCAUGGAAGAGGCGAAGAAGGCCAAGGAAGAAGCUCAGCGGCAGCGGGAAGCACGCAAACAAGCAGCUACGCGAGAGAAGAAACAACAGCAAGAUCAGCAAAGCACGAAUAAGCAGCCUCGGGCCGCUCUUGAUCCUGCUGAUGCAGCUGCAAAAGCUAAACGGAAAGCCGAAAAGCUGCGCCGAAAAUUAGAGAAGGAGGAGAAGCGAAUUGCGGAGGCAGAAGCGGAUGCCGAACGGGCUCGUAAACUCCAGGAAUCACAAAAAGGCACUCUGGAUGCAACUAUGGAACCAACGACGACCAUAACAAACGAGGGUGAACACGGCUCGGAGCUGGAUGGCCAGGGCCAGGAAGCGCGAAACCCGCUCGCUGGAUCGGAUCCCAGCGAUAUUCCUCCAACAGCAUCUCAAUCAAAGGAAGAGUCUCUAGUGUAUGAUGGAACUGUGGGCGACUCAGUAUCGGAUACGUCUGACAGUAGUGACUGGACAUCGUCAAGCGGAUCCGACACAUCAUCGGAUUCUGAUGAUAGUGACAACGACUCUGCACCAGAGCAAGCAACCUCACGUCGCGAAGGUCCCGAGCGAGUCCCGCCGCCGCCGCGCGAAGGACAGAAGCGGCUCUGUCGGCAUUUUGCCCGGUCUGGUCGCUGUGUCCGCGGGACAAACUGUAAAUUUUUACACGAGAAAACAGAACGUGGGGGCAAAACAAAGCCUGCCGAAACCAAGGGACGAAAAGGCCUUCUUCAAGCGCUUCUGGAUCGCCAGAAAGAAGAUGAGAACAAGAAAGUCAUGGAGACGAUUGUAUGGCUAGGGGAGAAUGGGUUCCUCGAUGAAUCUGCGGCUCAAGUGGAUACUGCGGUUGGCUCGACUGAGUCGAACACUGCAAGUCGUAGUCCUUGA